CCGCCGCCCGCAUGGCCGCCGCCCGCCGCCUCCUGCUGCUGCUCCAGGGGCUCGCGCUCGCCCUGGCGCAGAUCAGAGGUCCGCCCGGAGAACCGGGGCCCCCGGGCCCCCCGGGGCCGCCGGGAGUGCCUGGAUCCGACGGCAUCGACGGUGACAAGGGGCCCCCUGGGAAAGCCGGCCCUCCGGGACUGAAGGGAGAGCCUGGCAAACCCGGGCCAGAUGGGCCUGAUGGGAAGCCUGGGAUUGAUGGUCUAACUGGAGCCAAGGGGGAGCCUGGCCCCAUGGGGAUCCCUGGAGUCAAGGGCCAGCCUGGGCUCCCCGGUCCCCCUGGCCUGCCGGGCCCUGGCUUUGCUGGACCUCCUGGACCACCUGGACCUGUUGGCCUCCCCGGUGAGAUUGGAAUCACAGGCCCCAAGGGGGAUCCCGGACCAGAUGGGCCAUCGGGGCCCCCGGGGCCACCUGGCAAACCGGGCCGACCCGGAACCAUCCAGGGCCUGGAAGGCAGCGCGGAUUUCUUGUGUCCGACCAACUGUCCGGCAGGGGUGAAAGGCCCCCCAGGGCUGCAGGGGGUGAAGGGGCAUCCUGGCAAACGCGGGGUUCUGGGCGAUUCUGGCCGCCAGGGGAAGCCGGGUCCCAAGGGAGAUGUGGGUGCCUCUGGAGAGCAAGGCAUCCCUGGACCACCGGGUCCCCAGGGCAUCAGGGGCUACCCGGGCAUGGAGGGACCCAAAGGAGAGAUGGGUCCUCGUGGGUACAAAGGCAUGGUGGGCUCCAUUGGUGCUGCCGGGUCACCCGGUGAGGAAGGUCCACGGGGGCCACCGGGCCGAGCGGGGGAGAAGGGCGAUGUGGGUGGCCAAGGUCUCCGAGGACCUCAGGGCAUAACAGGCCCGAAGGGAGCAACCGGGCCCCCAGGCAUCGAUGGCAAGGAUGGGACCCCAGGCACGCCAGGCAUGAAGGGCAGUGCGGGACAGGCAGGGCGGCCAGGAAACCAAGGCCACCAAGGCCUAGCGGGCGUGCCGGGCCAGCCUGGGACAAAAGGAGGCCCGGGAGACAAGGGUGAACCAGGCCAGCAGGGCCUCCCUGGAUUCUCUGGUCCCCCUGGGAAGGAGGGAGAGCCAGGACCUCAAGGAGAAAUCGGACCCCGAGGCAUCAUGGGGCAGAAGGGUGACCAGGGUGAGAGGGGGCCGGUGGGGCAGCCAGGCCCUCAGGGACGGCAGGGCCCCAAGGGGGAGCAGGGCCCCCCCGGAAUUCCAGGGCCCCAAGGCUUGCCAGGCAUCAAGGGAGACAAGGGCUUCCCGGGGAAGACCGGCCCCCGCGGCAGCGUGGGCGACCCGGGGGUGGCCGGCCUCCGGGGAGAGAAAGGCGAGAAGGGCGAGUCCGGCGAGCCGGGGCCCAAGGGACAGCAAGGAGUCCGCGGAGAAGCCGGCUACCCGGGCCCCAGCGGGGAUGCGGGCGCCCCGGGGGUGCAGGGCUACCCCGGGCCCCCCGGCCCUCGAGGACUGGCGGGAGACCGAGGCGUGCCCGGACUGCCCGGGAGACAGGGCGUGGCGGGCCGGGACGCCAGCGACCAGCACAUCGUGACCGUGAUGAUGAAGAUGAUGCAAGAGCAACUGGCAGAGGUCGCUGUGAGUGCCAAGCGGGAGGCCCUGGGUGCCAUCGGGAUGGUGGGUCCGCCAGGACCCCCCGGGCCUCCUGGGUACCCAGGCAAGCAGGGACCUCAUGGGCACCCUGGCCCUCGGGGCGUUCCUGGCAUCGUGGGAGCCGUGGGUCAGAUUGGCAACACCGGCCCCAAGGGAAAACGUGGAGAGAAGGGUGACCGGGGAGAGAUGGGACGCGGGCACCCCGGGAUGCCUGGGCCCCCCGGGAUCCCAGGGCUCCCCGGCCGGCCCGGGCAGGCAAUCAACGGCAAGGACGGGGCCCGCGGCGCCCCAGGGGCCCCGGGGGAAGCAGGCCGACCGGGUCCGCCGGGCCCCGCGGGGCUGCCCGGCUUCUGUGAGCCCGCGGCCUGCCUGGCAGCCUCGGCCUACGCCUCUGCGCGCCUCACAGAGCCCGGAUCCAUCAAAGGGCCAUGAGCAGGAGGCCAGGACAGAGCCUGGCGGGCAUCCUGGGGGGUGGGGGGGGACUAGAUUCCAGCGGGGUGGACACGCACCCCAUCCCUCAGACCAGGAAGCCAGCUUUCCAGACCCUUCCAUCCGGGACCCUGGAGUCCUGAGGAAAAGGAAAUUCUAAGAUUCGGGGGAAGCGAAGGGAGGGCAUUGGGAUGAAAAGGUGAGGCC